AUGCGUCCGGCGCUCUUUUCGGGCGCAUUAGGCGCCGCAUACAAUGCGUCGUUGCGCAUUGCAACGCCCGUGCCAACGGCCCUCAUGCCUUCGGCGGCGCUCGCGCGCAGCAGCUUGCGGGCCACGGACUUGCCUGCCUUUACCUUUGGUGCCGCCGUGCAGACCCGUAACUCGGCCAAGCGUGGUGGCGGUACUACCAAGAACAAUCGCAACAGCGCAGGUCGCCGCCUGGGUGUGAAGCGUGCUGGAUCUACGGCCGUGAUACCCGGAAAUAUCAUUGUGCGCCAGCGCGGCACAGAGUGGCACCCAGGCGAGCACGUCCACAUGGGCCGCGAUCAUACCUUGCACGCCGCCGUGCCUGGGUUCGUGCGUUUCUACAAGCCGCUGCCGCGCGGUCCGCCCAAGCAGGCUAUGCCGUCCAUGAACGGACUGCCUCUGCGUCUCUCUGAGCGCCGCACGGUGCAUGCACCCUCGCCCGAGUCGGCUCGGCCCCAUCCAUCCUCACGCAAGCGUGAGCGUCGGUACGUUGGUGUCGUGCUGCAUCCGCACGAACAACUUCCACGCGAUCCGUCUCAGCCCCGCUCGCGUCUCUUUGACAAGAUUGACUUGCACGCCCUGGAGCGCGAAAAGGAGCUGAUCCGGCAGGGAUACGAGCCACUGGCUAUGAUGUAG